CGUCUUGGCACUGCAAGCUCGGAUCAGAGUGAGUGAGACCUUGCCUGCUUGCUUGCUCAUCCAUCACUCGCCAGCUCGAGCAAGGAAAAUAAAAAAAAAGGAGGAAGAAAGCUGGUCUCCCCCAUUACUUAUAGUCAUAGAUCCGCCCCCCGAAGCCACAGCCCUUGCGAUCCUCAAGAGCCACCGCCGCACGCGAACCGAGGAUCAGUCGCUCGCGCUUCCUGUCGUAUGCUCUUCCACCAGGCACCAGCGCGCCUCUGACCGAAUUUCCUGCCUGAAUUUUUCGUCCCGGAGAGGAAAAGAUUUUUGCUUCGGAAUCCGGUCUGUCCAGUCCUUUUCCUUGUGAGCUUUUUUUGUGUGCUUUAAUGCUGGUCCAAGAAAUGGCCGCGGCGGCGAUCUGUCGAUAUAGUGGCCGGCGGGAGGAGCACCUGAGCUGAGAUGUUGUUGCCUUGUUCUUUUCUCUUGUGGGCUUCUUCAUUGACCGAAAGUUGCCGCCUCUUUUCCUUUCGGAAAGUGGGGAUUUGUUUCUGGUGAGUUCCUUGGCGCGAUUCGAUUCCUUGCUGCCUCUCGCUAAAUCUCGAGGGGAUUUCUUCGCCUUGGACUCGCAGAUCCUUUUCCUCCCCCAGCCGGGCAUUCUUGCUCGGUUGCUGCUCUGCUUCGUGUUGCGGGCCUCUGCAAAUUUGUCUGAAGGUCAAAUCUGGGAGGAUCUUCGGUUUGGUGGCGCACGGAGUAUGGUGUCGAGAUCCUACUCCAACCUCAUGGAGCUCGCCACCGGGAGCGGCGAGGAGCCGCUGCCGUCGCUCGGGCGGCGGCGGAUACCGCGCGUGGUGACGGCGUCUGGCAUUGUGCCCGACCUCGACUGCUCCGACGACGACGCCGCCUCGGCGGCUUCCGACCACUCCUCCUCCCACGCGCCGCGAGAGCGCACCAUCAUCGUCGCCAACCAGCUCCCCAUCCGCGCCUCCCGCCGCGCCGGCGGCGGCGGCUGGGAGUUCUCGUGGGACGAGGACAGCCUCCUGCGGCAGCUCAAGGACAGCCUGCGCGCGCACCAGGGCCGCGCGGACAUGGACUUCGUCUACGUCGGCUGCCUCCGCGAGGACAUCCCGGCGGCCGACCAGGACCAGGUCGCGCACGAGCUCUUCGAGGGCUUCCGGUGCGUGCCCACCUUCAUCCCCGCCGACCUCCGCUCCCGCUUCUACCAUGGCUUCUGCAAGCAGCAGCUGUGGCCACUGUUCCAUUACAUGCUGCCGCUCUCGCCGGAGCUCGGCGGCCGCUUCGACCGCGUGCUCUGGCAGGCCUACGUAUCGGUGAACAAGAUCUUCGCUGACAAGAUCCUGGAGGUGAUCAGCCCCGACGAAGACUUCGUCUGGGUGCAUGAUUACCAUCUCAUGGUGUUGCCGACGUUCCUGCGCAAGCGGUUCAACCGGGUCCGGCUUGGCUUCUUCCUGCACAGCCCGUUCCCGUCUUCGGAGAUUUACAAGACGCUGCCGGUUCGUGAGGAGCUGCUCCGAGCACUGCUGAAUGCAGAUUUGAUUGGGUUCCACACAUUUGAUUAUGCUAGACAUUUCCUGUCAUGUUGUAGCAGGAUGCUGGGAUUGAAGUAUGAAUCGCAGAGGGGCUACAUUGCACUGGAGUAUUAUGGACGGACUGUUACUAUCAAAAUUUUACCAGUGGGAAUUCAUUUGACGCAGUUGCAGUCAGUGCUCAACCUUCCAGAGACUGGGGUCAAGGUUGCCGAGCUUCUGAAGCAGUUCUGUGACCGCGGCCGGCUUUUGAUGCUUGGUGUGGAUGAUAUGGACAUCUUUAAAGGCAUCAGUUUGAAGCUUUUGGCAUUUGAGCAGCUGUUGAUGCAACAUCCAGAGUGGCGAGGAAAGGUGGUGUUGGUACAGAUUGCCAAUCCUGCCAGGGGGCGUGGGAAGGAUGUACAGGAGGUACAGGAUGAGAGCUAUGCAAUGGUUAGGCGCAUCAACGAGGCAUUUGGGCAGCCAGAUUACCAGCCAGUUAUACUGAUCGAUAGGCCACUACAAUUCUACGAGAGAAUGGCUUAUUAUGUCGUCGCCGAGUGCUGUUUGGUGACUGCAGUGAGGGAUGGCAUGAAUCUAAUACCGUAUGAGUACAUAAUUGCAAGGCAGGGGAAUGAGAAGAUAGACAGGAUCUUGGGUCUCAGCCCUUCCACAAGGAAGAAGAGCAUGCUUGUCGUGUCGGAAUUCAUUGGCUGCUCACCCUCCCUGAGUGGUGCGAUUCGGGUGAACCCUUGGAACAUAGAUUCAGUGGCUGAUGCAAUGGACUCUGCACUGGAGAUACCUGAAGGGGAGAAGGUGCUGAGACAUGAGAAGCACCACAAAUAUGUGAGCACACAUGAUGUCGGUUACUGGGCAAACAGCUUCUUGCAAGAUCUGGAGAGGACUUGCCUGGACCAUAACAAGAGGCGUUGUUGGGGCAUCGGAUUUGGGUUAAAGUUCAGGGUUGUGGCCCUUGAUACAAGCUUCAAGAAGCUUGCGGUUGAACAGCUUGUCUCAGCGUACCGGAGGACAACCACGCGCGCCAUUCUCCUGGACUAUGAUGGUACACUGAUGCCUCAGACAUCAUUCGGUAAGAACCCAAGCUCCAAAACGAUGGACAUGUUGAACAGCCUCUGUCGCGAUAAGAACAACAUGGUCUUGCUUGCCAGCACAAAGACUCGAGCGACCUUAAAUGAAUGGUUCUCACCUUGUGAAAACCUAGGGCUAGCUGCUGAGCAUGGCUACUUCCUCAGGAUGAGAAGAGAUGCAGAAUGGGAGAUAUGUGCCCCAGCAACAGAUUGCAGCUGGAAGCAAAUUGUGGAGCCUGUGAUGAAAACCUACACGGAGACAACAGAUGGGUCAACAAUCGAGGACAAGGAGACCGCUAUUGUCUGGUGCUACGAGGAUGCAGACCCUGAUUUUGGGUCUUGCCAAGCCAAGGAGCUCCAUGACCAUCUGGAGAGUGUCCUUUCUAAUGAGCCAGUUUCAGUCAAAGCUGACCUGAACCAUGUCGAGGUGAAGCCACAGGGUGUGAACAAGGGCCUCGUGGCGAAGCGGAUGCUAUCGACAAUGCAGGAGCAAGGCCUCCUGCCGGACUUCAUACUCUGCAUCGGGGAUGACCGGUCUGAUGAGGACAUGUUCGAGGUGAUCACUACUGCCAUUGACGGCCCGUGCCUGAACCCCGAUGCCGAGGUCUUCGCUUGCACGGUUGGCCGUAAACCCAGCAAGGCCAAGUACUACCUGGACGACCCUGCCGACAUCGUGCGGCUGAUCCAGGCCCUCGCCAACGUCUCCAACCAGGCGCAGAGCAGCACUCCUCCCUCCUCCGCCAGCGACUGACACCGUGCCGAGGUGAGCAAGUGGGGCACCAACCAGCCUAGCUCUGGCCUCAUUAAGGGUAUCAGUAUCACCAUCUCCUCCAGGUGUACAUACUCCUAGGAAUGAUGAAUGCACCAUCGAUCAGCAGCAUGGUGUGUUUCGUCAUCGUCGUCAAGAGACGAUCUUUGCCCGAUGUGUACAUAAACUUGCCGAAUUGCUGCUUUGUCGCCGAAAUUAAAUUUCUCCACCAGAUGAUGCUCCAAAAUGGCAAGAUAAGAAAGACGCCAUCUUUGGAGCCGCUGCUUUUGUUGGUCGUUGGCGGUAGGUCCUGGAUCGGACGGCUGGUUAGUGCUGGUGCGCCGCCUCCUUUCUCGGCUAGUGGAGGGCGCCAAUAAUUUUUAUCGUGAUCAUCCUCUUCUGUUUCAGCUCGUGCUGACCGUGUGCCUCCAUAGUGCAAUUGUAUUUUGUGGGGUUUUGGAUAACAGGGUUAGGUCUUGGCUGCUAUUCUAGUCCGGCGGCCAAUGAUGGGUGGAGAGGUGUUGUUGGUUGCGCUUAUGGUUUUAUGCCAUAUGGGGUAAUCAUCGUGCGCGCUACUGAUGGGAAUGGGGCUAAAAGCAAAGCCUUUCGUCUCACAUUGGAAGGGUCACCAAAGAGACCGGCCGGGUUUAAAGCAAAGCAUCUCGUCUACGCUCGGGUGAUCGACGUGUUGAGUGGUGUUUUUCCCCUUGCACUUCCGUUGCGUGCUUUCGUGGUGUUGUUUAGGAGGAGUGUGGCUGGUUUUGGCCGGCACCUGGUAAUUUUGUUGUUGGGAUAAAGAGGCCGGUGGUUUUAUGC